AUGAAGUUUCUCGGUGUCGCCCUCGCUUCUCUGGGCCUUGUGUCUGCUGCCACGGUGGAGAAGAAAGUCAGCUACGACGACUGGAAGGUGUACCGCAUCAAUGUCGGGUCCAACGCCGCAAAGGUCAACGACGUCGUGAGCAAGCUCGACCUCCAGCUAUGGAAGGGUAAGCCCUCAUCCAGCAGCGUGGUCGACGUAAUGGUCCCUCCGUCGCAGGUCAAGGACUUCGAGGCAUCGACCUCGGACGUCGAAACCAGGGUCAUGCACGACAAUCUCGGCCUGUCUAUCACCGACGAAGACAGCUUCAACGUCUAUGCUGCCGGUGCGGCGCCGAAUGCUACGUGGUUCAAGUCGUACCACUCGAUUGCCGAUCAUAUGCAGUGGAUCAGCGACCUCGCGGCUGCGUACCCCAAGAACUCGGAAGUCGUUACUGCAGGCAAGUCUGUGCAAGGGCGUGAUAUCAAGGGUAUCCAUAUCUGGGGUAGUGGUGGGAAGGGGUCGCAGAAGGGUGUGGUAUGGCACGGAACUGUGCAUGCAAGAGAGUGGAUCACGACUAUGGUCGUUGAGUAUGCUGCAUACCAGCUCCUUACCUCUACCGAUGCUACGGUUGCGGGCUACAAGGACAAAUACGACUUCUACAUCUUCCCUAUUGUUAACCCAGAUGGCUUCGCGUACACGCAGGCAACCGACCGCAUGUGGCGCAAGAACCGUCAGACCACUCCAACCGCCAGCUGCGUCGGCCGCGACAUCAACAGGAACUGGCCCAACCAAUGGGACCUCCGCGGUGGCGCCAGCACAUCUCCCUGCGCAGAGGAUUACAAAGGUCCAUCCGCCGGCGACGGCGUCGAGACAAAAGUCCUCAAAGCCCAGCUCGACAGCAUAGCAGCCGGCAAGGGCAUCCAGCUCUACAUGGAUAUCCACUCCUACUCUCAGCUCUGGAUGUACCCCUACGGCUACACAUGCUCCGGCGCCGUCCCCAACGCCGCAAAGAACAAGGCCCUGACCGAUGGCGCCAUCGCAGCCGUCAAGGCCGUGCACGGCACUGUUUUCACCGGCGGACCCAUCUGCAACACUAUCUAUCAGGUUAGUGGCGACAGUGUGGAUUACGCGUUUGAGGUGGCCAAGGCGGCGUUUAGCAUGACGGUCGAGCUGAGGGAUACGGGCAAUUAUGGAUUUGUCCUGCCCGCGGCACAGAUUCUGCCGAGCGGAGAGGAGAUGUGGGCGGGUUUGAGCUAUUUGUUGAAGAACAUGUAGAUGGGGCUGUCGUGGGAGGAUGUGGGGGGAUUGAGGAGAUACCCGUGUGCGAGGUGCGACGAACGCCUUGUACAGAGCUUGAUGUCAAAUAUGAAUGAAUGAUGCUGCG